GAAUGAGUGAAUUAAAAAAAAAAAGAAGGCAUAAGAAAAAGAAGUGGUAAUGGGAGCAUUUGUACUAUAUGUGCAAAUCAAAAUCGGGCGGAUCUUUACCCGGAGUAGAGCAUAAACCUAAAAAGAUUAAAGAGGCCCAUUUAAGAACAAGAAAAUAACAUCGUGAUUUGGAUUGAAUCGCGAUGAAAGAAUCCAUCAAUGAGAAGUUAAUUGGAUAAGUUUAAUGAAUUCUUUUUUGAUAUUAUACGUUAAUAAGGAAAGGAAGACAAACUCGUGUUUAGUGAAAAAUAAAAGAAAAUCCUUUUUUAUAAGUUAGAAGGAACUUGCUAUGAAAAAAUAAAAAGUAUUGGAAUCUACACAUUGAUUCUUUUUUUUUUGAACCGUAUGCAUCAAAAGACGCCUGUACGGUUCCGAAGGGAUUUGACCCUAAUCAACCGACUUUAUCGAGAAAGAUUACUUUUUUUAGGUCAAGAGGUUGAUAGCGAGAUCUCGAAUCAACUUAUUGGUCUUAUGAUAUAUCUCAGUAUCGAGGAUGAUACCAAAGAUCUGUAUUUGUUUAUAAACUCUCCUGGCGGAUGGGUAAUACCGGGGGUGGCUCUUUAUGAUACUAUGCAAUUUGUGCAACCAGAUGUACAUACAAUAUGCAUGGGAUCAGCCGCUUCAAUGGGAUCUUUUAUCCUGGUCAGAGGAGAAAUUACCAAACGUCUAGCAUUCCCUCACGCUUGGGUAAUUAUCCAUCAACCUGCUGGUUCUUUUUCUGAAGUAGCAACGGGAGAAUUCAUCCUGGAAGUGGGAGAACUGCUGAAACUACGUGAAACCCUGACAAGGGUUUAUGUACAAAGAACGGGCAAACCCCUAUGGGUUGUCUCCGAAGACAUGGAAAGAGAUGUUUUUAUGUCAGCAACAGAGGCCCAAGCUUAUGGAAUUGUUGAUCUUGUAGCGGUUGAAUGACAAUAGCAUAGCCUGGAUUUCGCAUCAAUUCGUGAUUUUAAAUUACCCCUGCCGAGUUUCAUAUUAAUAUAUUAUGACUUUUAUUUACUAUUCUAUUCAAUAAAAGGAAUUCAUAAUCAUGCGGUUAGGAUCGAUCUAAACCAGUCCAUUAUGUA